AUGUCGCCGCCUUUACCAAUCCAUUUGAGAUGGCGCCGCGAGGCAGAGUCUCCUAGCGAGAAAACCCCAGCAGCUAACAGCACUGCUGCAACCAACAUGACCACGAUGGCCCCAGGGGCGUCUUCGCCUCUGCCUACCGGAUUAUCGGAAGGGCCACCAACAGUUACGACCACUCAAGAGUCCAUUGGAGAGAAGACGGCUGAAAUUGCUCAUAAGCUGAACAUGGAGACAUGGCAAUUGGUCGCUAUUCUCGUAGGAGUUGGAGUGGUGGUGUUGGGAAUUUGCUUCUGUUGUAUCCGACGAUGUUUCCGCAAACGACGCUCUAAGGAUGGCAAGAAGGGUAUGAAAGGAGUCGACUUCAAGUCCGUCCAGCUUUUAGGCUCAGCAUACAAAGAAAAGGUUCAGCCGGACAUGGAGGAGCUCACAGAGAACGCUGAGGAACCUGACGACGGCGAUUCUAAAAAAGAAGAACAGAAACUAGGAAAACUACAGUACAAGCUGGAAUAUGACUUUAAUAGUAACAGCCUCUCAGUUACUGUAAUUCAAGCGGAAGAACUGCCCGCUCUAGAUAUGGGCGGGACAUCAGAUCCCUACGUAAAAGUGUAUCUGUUGCCUGACAAGAAGAAGAAGUUCGAAACCAAAGUCCAUCGGAAAACUUUAAAUCCCGUGUUCAACGAAACCUUCGUUUUUAAGAACGUGCCGUAUGCGGAUGCUAUGAACAAAACAUUAGUUUUUGCGAUCUUCGACUUCGAUCGUUUCUCCAAGCACGACCAAAUCGGCGAGGUGAAGGUACCAUUGUGUCAGGUCGACCUCGCGCAGACCAUCGAGGAGUGGCGUGAACUGCAGAGUGUUGAAGGCGAAGGAGGCCAGGACAACAAGUUGGGAGACAUAUGUUUCUCUUUGCGUUACGUACCGACCGCUGGAAAGCUGACUGUGGUUAUUUUGGAGGCUAAGAACUUAAAGAAAAUGGAUGUUGGUGGACUGUCAGAUCCGUACGUAAAGAUUGCACUCAUGCAAAAUGGCAAACGUCUCAAGAAGAAGAAAACGAGCAUCAAGAAAUGCACACUGAAUCCAUAUUACAACGAGUCAUUUACUUUUGAAGUACCAUUCGAACAAAUACAGAAGGUGAAUCUAGUGGUAACCGUCGUGGACUACGACCGCAUCGGUACAUCGGAGCCAAUUGGUAAAGUGGUACUUGGAUACAACGCGUCAGGUACCGAACUUCGUCACUGGUCGGACAUGUUGGCUAGCCCGCGGCGCCCUAUCGCGCAAUGGCACACUCUUAAAGAUCCAGAAGAUGGAGAAAAGAAAGAU